UUCAAAGCAAACAUAACCCCUCCCGCCGCUCCCCGCUGCCGUCAUCGUACUCAGUCUUCAUUUGUAUGCGAAAGGUUACGGGCGAACUGCCGCGCAGAAAUCAACUCGUCGCCGUCGUACCGUUUAGUGGUGAAUUUUUCGAUAAUUGUGUUUUCAAGUGUUCAAACUAUGCCGAAGCGGUCUAGAAAGAGGAGUCGUAGCUCUUCUCCUUCCACUGUAGGGGAAAAGUUUUUGAAAAUUGUCAAGAGAUUGGAGAAGCGAUUGGAUAAGAUGGAAGAGAAAAGACCAAGGCAAUGGCAUCAUGGCAGUUCAUCGGGAACCUCUAAUUCCGAGGACGGAUCCGAUAGCCACUCGUAUGAUAGGCGUUCCUAUUCAGGAUCGGAAGCUGACGGUGGAUCAGAUAUAGGAGAAAAAGAAGACUUAUUGAAAACAGAGGGAGGAAAUACAGAACUAAUAGAAAAAUUAAGCGAUGCGGGACGCCUUUUGUCGGAUGUCCACCAUACACUCAGUGUAUCUAGAAAGAAGCUUGCCAUACUAAACUUGAAUAAGGAAUGGAAAGAGACUCUAAUUGAUUCUCCUGUUGAUAAAUGGCUCUUCGGGGAGGAUUUGGAAGAAAGAUUAAAAGCUGCAAAGAGUCUACAGUUUUCAUCCAAGCAAUUGAAAAUAGUUAAAGCGCCACAGCCAAAGAAAACUAUUUCAAAAAAUACUUUAAACUACAGAAGUCGAUCCAGUUAUCAACGGGGAGCCAAACUAGGUGGACGAUAUCGCCAAGAUCCCAGCAAUCAGAAUCCCAGCAAUCCAGGUUCCAGCAAGCAGUACAACUCUCGGUACAAUCGCCAGGGGGAAUAUCCUCGACUGGGUCAAUACAAGAAUGCGAAGAAAUACCGCAAGUAUUAGAGAAUUCCACAUCCGCUAUCGGAACACAUUUCCCUGAUGGCAGGUCGAUUAUCCGGGAAGCGCUUAAGCUAGGCAAAGUGCCAACCGACUCCUUGGAGAUUUGCAUGGCCUCAAUCUCAGAGUCUACCUUAAAGCAAUAUAGUUCGGGUUUAAAACUAUGGUGGGAGUAUUGCUCUACCAAGAAAGCAGAUCCCUAUUCGGUUUCAGUAGUAACCGUCUUAGAGUUUCUAACCUAUCAUUUUAAGAAAGGAGCAUCUUAUAGUUCUUUAAAUACUUAUCGGUCUGCUAUAGCUCAAGUAGCGGGGCGAGACUUGGCACAGGAUUACAGGAUUCAGAAAUUUUUCAAAGGAGUCUAUAUGCUUAGACCAAGUUUACCGAAAUAUCAAAAUACUUGGGAUCCAGCAGUAGUUUUAAAUUUUCUAAGGGAAUGGAAAAACAAAGAUAUUACUUUGAGGAAAUUGAACCAAAAACUUGUAACCCUUUUAGCAUUGGCCACAGGUCAACGUCUUCAAACUUUAGCCCUUAUAGAAAUCACGCACAUUUAUAAAUCAGAGAUCGAAAUAAAUAUAGCGGUGCCCCAAAGAAUUAAGACCUCUGGUAAAGAUCGAUCCCAGCCAUUUUUCCACCUUCCUUUUUUAAACUCGGAUCCGGAAGUUUGUGUGGCUAGGGUAAUCCUUACCUAUCUAGAAAAAACAGAAAAUCUAAGGGGUUCUGAAACAAGUUUAAUUCUAACCAGCAAAAUGCCUUACCGUAAAGCAUCUACGCAGACCUUAAGUCGCUGGAUUAAGAUUAUUUUAGAAAAAAGUGGCAUUGACGUACACAAAUUUUCGGCGCACAGUACCAGGCAUGCGGCGACGUCUGCUGCAAAAAGAAAAGGGCUAAAUAUGGACACAAUUCGUCUUUCCGCGGGUUGGUCUAGAGACUCUAGGAUGUUUGCUCAAGUAUAUAAUAGGCCACUAUUGUCAGAUCAAAGAUUUGCAGAAGCUGUACUUACAUGUUAGUUAUUAAAUUUUUUUCUGAAAGAUGAUGUUACUUACAGGGUUAUAAUUACAUAUAUUACUUACUUACUAU